GGCUCCCUUUGCGUUGUUUUCCAGAGGAAGAGUAUUAUGUUGGGUCAGUGCACCUGCACUGGGACUGGGGUAUCUCAUAACCACUCUCAAAGCUGCUGAUAAUCCAAAAGUUAAAAUCAAUAUCAAAGAUCUAGAAAUUUACGAUAAUGAUGUCGAACAUCCCAGUAAUGAGACGAAUGACGAGUCCCCAGCUUCUCCACUUCAAGAGCAGAUUUCAAAAGGACGAAAGUUUGUGUGGAAGCACUGGAAUACAGUGAAGAAUGUGACAGAUACCACUACUGAUGGUGGUCAACAUCUUUGGACCAAAGUUAAAGAGGUUACAAACAGCAUUCAAACUGAUGGAACUACACAAUUAAAAACUGGUAUUAUUGUAGCAGGAACAUUGACUGGUGUUUUGAUUGCAGGUCGAGGAAGACGUCCUUUGCGGAGGGUGUUUUUUGCUAGUACUAUGGGAAUGGCUACUGCCGCAGCCUGUUAUCCGCAGCAGGCAAUCAAGAAGGCAAAUUUAUCCUAUGGCAAAGUGCUUUCUUUUUUCACUGACUGGAAAUCAAACUCAGAUUCGAACAAAUCCAUAAACAUGUAAAACUGUCAGGUUUGCCAGACACUGUAGAUGAUGAACAAAAGCCUAAAGAAAAGUCUCCAUCAAAAAUGAAAGAAACUGAUCUUGGUGGUGUAAGAGACAGCGACAAUUUUAUUCCUGGAUAUGAGUAUAUUGCUGGUGCAAUAAUUGAUGAACUGUCAAAUGCUGUCAAAGGUUGGGGUGUGGCAGUGGAAGAGCUUGAAAAUAUGGCUCACGUAAUUUUGAAGGAAAUUAUGGCUGGUAUCAAUGAAGAUAUAAAUAUCCAAACUGGAGGGUGGGUUGGUCAAGAGCACAAACCUCAGGUUGUUUUGGAUGGCAAGGAUCUUGUACGAAGAAUUGCCAAUGAAGUAUUGGAAGCCAUUGAAGCCGAUAUGAACGUGCAGACGGGGGGUAGGCUAGAGCAAAAACGAGAACUGUGCUUAGAAAGUAAACAUCUUGCGAAAAGUAUUGUGGAUUCAAUCAUGAAAGAAGUUGAAUAUGACAUAAAGCAAGGUGAAUCAGACGUCCCAUAUUUGUUUUCUUUGCGGGAUGAGCUGAGAAAGUUAGCAAUCAAAAUGUUUGAAAACGAGAUCUACCAGGCAUCGAUGGGAAUAGGUCGUAACGUGAAAAGAAUUCAUGUCAAUGUCGAUAUGCUCUCUGAAACAGUCGGGCGUCAGUUGAAAGAAAGAAUUGAAGUGCUUUAUAUUCGUUCAAAUUGCGCGGGAGAAUUUGAUGAUCGUGAAGUUGCUAUUAUCAACUUUCAAGAGAUACGAAAGAGUGUUACUGGUGGUUUGGGAAAAUAUCUCUCCGACCAUUCUCUAGUUACGCCCCAUAAAAAGGAAAACUCUGUACAUGUGGUAAAAGACUGGGGCGAGUUAACGAAACGGGUCGUCAAUGCAAUGACUAGAGCUUUUCAGAAUGAUAUAGAGACCGAGACUCGACGAUUGGAGACGACCAAAAAGCCUAGUAUAGUGAUUGAUGCUAGAAAUUUGGUUCUUAGUGUUGUUGAAGAGAUCACAGAGGCAAUACAGGAAGAUAUUGAUAUUCAAACUGGCAAAGGUUUUAGAUCUGAAGAGGCAAAUGUACGCGAUGAAAAACCUGUGGGUGAUGAUCCAGGACAAUCAGAGCCUGAGGACAAAGUUAUGUACUCGACGAGAUCACGAUAAUCACCUUUAAGAAAGUUUGUCCUUCUUUAGCUUUGAAAUCAAGACACGUGUUUGAUGUUUAGAAGAAAAAGUUUAAGCAGCCAAAUACUUUUUGCAAGGAAACGACUUCAGAACAUUAUUAUAAAUCUCAAAAAAUUCUUUGGUUUUGCUGUGUUAAAUAAAAUGUAGAUUAACUUCAAAAA